GUUAUUCGGGAGUGGUAUGAAGAAGGAGGGGUUCUUUUACUCGGAUAUGAAAUGUUCCGUCUUCUUGUCAAUCCACGCAAGCAACCAAGAUCUGGCAGCGAACAGGCUGUAGCUGUUCGUCGACGACGCAAGAAAGCUAUUCUUGCCGACAUCGAGCAUGAGGAACGUAGGGAACGCAUGUGGAAUGGUUAG